UCGUGGAGGCCAUCCGAGGAUGCGCCAACCGUGGGCAUUGGAAUAUGGUUCGAUGCCCCGCAAUACAGCCGUUCCCCAUCAAGCCCGACCGGGAUCCCUCCGAAGCCAUUGCACUACCUCCCUGGUCGUAUUCGAUUCUUCCUCACUGGUUCCCUCAACUCGGUGGCCAACGGCUCUUCACAUUAAGAUCGAACCAUGAUGCACUGCCCGCUCACUGUCUUGCCUUGGCUGUAAGCACGUCUGCUGGCCUUGGAGCUUUGGGCAGAUAUUCGCUGUAGACUUAAAGGCGGCGGCGAUCGAGUCUCUCCUCUACCAUCAAUCCCUUUGUUCUCUCUCGUCACUCUAUAGCCACCACGAUGCGAGCCCAUGCUCCCAAAGAAGAACGGACUUCCGCAGAACCUGCCACGCAGAAGCAAGAAGAUCCCAUCGAACGGAGAAGACUUCAGAACCGCCUGUCGCAACGAAAUCAUCGUCGCAAGAUCCGGGAUCGCAUUGCAAAGCUUCAAGAGCGAGUCAUUGCCACUGAACUACGAGCGGCUGCCAGCCUGAAUGGCUGGAACAACCCGAACCCAUCUGCCCCGCCGAUGGGGCAUGCAUUGUCUCCGUAUGAAGUCGACGGAGGCAUCACGUCACUGUCCCCUGAAACUGCCACAUCUCUCAGUCCAUCGUACCUCUUGUCUUCCGCCGCUUGCUCAUCAUGUGGGCCCAACGUGGGAUCCAUGCCUGUCCUCUCGUCACAGUCAUCGUCGUCCUCGCUCUUCGACUUCACCGGAAGUGAGAUUGACUCCAGUGCAUCCUCCUCUAUGGGAAGUAGUUUCUUCUCGCCCCGUUUCAGUCCAAUGACCCCGGACUUGUCGGUGAGCAUGCCGGCGAGUUAUCCUCCAGCCGACCUCAGUUCUCCGAUGUACCCUGAGCCGUGGGCUUCUCAAGCAUCGUACCCACCAUCAAAUAUGUACUACGUCGAAACCACUCUCCCCCAGAUUAUCCAAGCCCUCGGCCCAGGCGCCUCGCGCACCAAAGCCAUCAUCCUUCUCCCUCAAUCUAACGGCCAUCAUCCACCCGCCGGCAUGGGCCCUCCCCCACCACCAACAGGGCCCUCCCCGUCCUCGGCAAUAACAGCAACGGGGGCCAGCGCGAUCGACCCCGUCAUUGCCUCCUUGAACCCGAUAAGCUCGCACCCGUUGGCCUGUCAGUGUGGAUCCGGAUCAAUGCCGGGGUCCCCGGGGUCAGUUGGGGGCAUGGAUUGGAUGGGCGCCGGGACAUCCCCGAUGUGUCCAGUCCACGGUGGACAGGGCGGUGGCGGGAUGGAGAGUCAUCAACUGACGAUGCUAUGACUACUAUAUAUACUACUUUUGGUGGGAACUUUGGAGUUUG